AUGCGCUAUUCCUGGCCGGUUGGUUUGCUUUGCACUCUACUUAUCCCCUUCUCGAGUAUAGUAGUAGCUCAAAAGGCUGAAAAGGCAGUGGGACGAAAGACUUGCACCGUCAGAGCCAGCGGGACUAAUGCCACCGACGACACGCCGGCCAUCUUGGAAGCAUUUGUUAAUUGCGGUCGACGCGGCAAAAUUGUGUUUGAGCCCACAACAUACUAUGUCAACUCAGCUUUAAAUGUUACUUGGCUGGACGACGUUGAAAUUGACCUCCAAGGAACUCUUCUGUGGAGCACCAAUAUUUCAUACUGGCUCGCAAACUCAUUGGAUGUCGGAUACCAAAAUCAGUCUACUGCUUUCAUCCUCGGCGGCGAAAAUGUCCGCAUUAAUGGCCAUGGAAAGGGCACUUUCGAUGGCAAUGGCGACUAUUGGUAUGAGUGGAUUAGGCAACAGCCGAACACGUCCAACUACCCUGGUCGCCCACAUGCAAUCACAUUUAACGGGUUGAAAAACUCCGCUGUCAAGGGUGUGAAUUUCCUAAGAAGUCAGAUGUGGUAG